AUGCAGAGAGGAGCUAUAAGACUCAGCCCCCAUCCUUUCUAUCCAGGUGUAGCCUUACCCGUCAGCGUUCAGUCACGUCUUUGUCAUCCAUCAUCAGCAAACAUGCCUCGCAACAGCAGCGCCAGCGUGUUCGGAGGAGCCGGGGGGAGGGGCGUCAAGGCGUCCUUGUCCAGCCUUGAGGGACUCCGCAAAGUCCUGCGCAACGAGCCUGAGACAGACUCUGGUCCGGUCAUUCCCAAAACCGCUCCGGUCACCGCUUCCCAGCCCAAUGGCAGUCCCGACACCGCCUUGCUCCCAGAGGACAACAAGCAGGACCUGCAGGUCCUGAACAACCGCCUGAAGAACUACCUGGACAGGGUGAAGCAGCUGAAGGAGGACAACGACAAGCUGAAGAAGGAGAUCGAAGACAUUCUGGCCAAAAGGAAGGCUCCGGAGGGCAAAAACUGGGAUGAAAUCCAGAAACCACAAGAUGCUCUCGACAAGAAGAUCAAGGAUCUCACCUUGGACAAUGCCAAGCUGUUGCUCCAGAUUGACAACGCCAAGCUGGCCCUGCACGACUUCAACAACAAGUUGUACGAUGAGUCCAAGGUGAAGAAGGAGUUGGAAAAAGACAUAGACGCCCUGAAAAAGGACAUCGAGGAGACCAAGCAGAGCCAAGAUCAGCUGGACAAUGAGCUGAAAUUGACCAAGGAAGAGGUGGAACGCCUUGAGGCUGACCACAAGAAGGAGGUUGCCGAUCUUUGUGAGAAGAUCAAGACCUCAGAGGUGAAGGUGGAGAUCGAGUCCCAGAACUCCAACCUGGCCGACAUUGUCAAAAACAUGCGGGAUCAUUACCAAAAGCUGGCUGACAAAAACAUGAAGGAGACAGAGGAAUGGUACAAAGACAAGUUUGACAACAUCCAGGUGAAGGAGGCCCAGAACAACGAGGCUUUGGAGUCCGGAAAGAGCGAGUACAACAAGCUGCUGAAGGAGAAGAAAAGUCUGGAAAUGCAGAUUCAGGCUAGCCUCACCACGAUCCAGGCUUUGAAGGACAAUCUGAACAAAGUCAUGGCCGAGAACAACAACCGAUUGGUCCCCGUCAACAAGGUCAUAGUCAGCCUGGAGGCUGAGCUGAAGGAUGUGAGGGCUCAGGUGGAGCAGAAGGUGGACAGCUACAAAAAGCUGCUGUGCCUCAAAAUGAAGCUGGAGAAAGAAAUCAAAGAGUACAGCGACUUGAUGGGCAUAACAACUGAUAAGGAGAGCAUGGAGUUGAAUUUAAAGGAGGCAUUACCACAAGAACCCCCAACUCCUAACAAUCAGGACCAGGAAGAGAGGAACGACGUCCUAGUGGAGGACCACUAGUGGACGGCCGCGUCCCCAUUACCCAAUCCCGAGCAUCCAACACUCAAUCUGAGUCUGACAACAAAGAAAAAAAAAAAAGACAUACCUGAAGUUCUUGUGGAAGUUUGAUGUUUUAAAAACGGUGCUCCGAUCCGUUUUCUUUCUGACACUUGGUAAAAAAAAACAAGAUUGGUGCUGUCAAAGCUGCAUAAUCAGUGUGGGGGUUCUUCCAAACGUGUCUUCUGUGGUGUGAGCAAAAAUAAAGACGUUUUCAAUGCA